AUGUUUGGAGGAAGACAAAGUAGUAAUAAAACCGAGGAUUCUCUAGAGCAGCUUAUUAAGCGUGCAACGGACGAGACCUUGACCAGCGAUAACUGGCAGUACAUUCUUGAUGUAUGUGAUAAUAUUUCCAGUAAUCCGGAAGAGGGUACGAAACAGGGUAUCAAAGUAAUUUCGCAGAGAUUGGCAUCGAAGGAUGCUAAUAUCAUUCUUCGGACAUUGUCUUUGCUUGUGGCAAUGGCAGAAAAUUGUGGAUCAAGAAUGAGACAGGAGAUUGCAACAACUUCGUUUGUACAAGAAUCAUUGUUGAAGAAAUUCACAGAUAGAAGGUUACAUAAAACAGUCAAAAUAAGGGUGGCUGAAGUGAUAAAGCAGUUGCAUGAAUCGUUCAAAACGGAUCCAUCUUUGAAGCCUAUGACCGAUGCAUACAACAGACUCGUCAAUGAUUACAGUCAGUACUUGGCAGAGACUGCCGAUGGACCGGCUAAGCCAGCAAAGAAGGAAAGAAGCAGACAUGAUAAGAAAAAAGAAGAAGACGAAUUGCAGAGGGUAUUAAAGUUAUCCUUACAGGAAUAUGAAAGAGAACAAACAGUUAAGAGGAAUUAUUUGAAUAAUAAGCCUUUACCUGAAGCGCAAAAUAAGUCGUCUGAUCAACCACAACUGCAUUUUCAGCAACCUUUGCAAAAUCAACCCAUGCAUAGUACCCCUACAGGACAGCAAUCGACCCAAUCGCCUGUGGAAUCACAAACUAUAGCGACUGUAUCAAAGGUUCGUGCGCUUUAUGACUUAAUAUCGUAUGAGCCUGAUGAGCUUUCAUUUAGAAAAGGGGAUAUAAUUACGGUAAUUGAAUCUGUUUACCGUGAUUGGUGGAGAGGAUCAUUGGCAAAUGGAAAAACCGGCAUUUUCCCGUUGAACUACGUAACUCCGGUGGUUACUAAAACUCCCCAAGAGUUAGCACAAGAAUUGGAAGAAGAAAACAAGGUUUUAUCAGUGGAUCUGAAAAAGAUAGAUAAACUUUUGGCAUUAUUGUCCUCAAAUCCGGAAACUAUAGAUGAAGACGAAAUAACUAGGUUGUACGGGGAAAUCAUACCUCUAAGGACAUCUUUAGGCAAAUUUAUCGAUAAGUACAACGUUAGAAAGGAGGAACUCCUGGUAUUGAAUUCGCAAUUGAAUAGCGAAGUCAAGCUCUAUAAUGAUUUAAUGGAUAAUUCAAUUACCCACAGAGCCGGACAUCAAUCUAGUGGGGUAUCUAUGGCCCCCUAUCCUACUGGAGUUGCAAGUCCAACACACAAUAACUUUUCUCAAGCUAAUCCGUCUAUGCUUCAUCAACAGCCUACAAGUAGCGGCUUCGGGAAUGCAAGAGUAAAUAGUUCGAAUGAGUAUUUUCAUUCUCAACAGGUACCCACCACUUCGUUCAAUCACCAAUCACAAGCACCCCAACUAUCGGGUCCCCGGAGAAAUAAUACUGAGUUUCUGAACAUAAAUAAUUUUCCUAACGUAAAUAAUAUAUAG